CGCCUUUUAACAGUGUAACUUUUAGACAGAUCAAACAAAACUACAUAUUGACCUCAAGAUAAGUCUAUAGUUGUAUUUAAAUGGAAGCACCAUUGAUAUUGAAUAAAAUUAUGUAGCAAAAUUGCUUAUCUCGUUACAUUGAUAUAUGACCGCUUCGCCAUACUGGAAUCGGAGACGCAUAGUUAUGUUCAGAUUAUUGAUAUUUUUGGUUUUUAUCCAACUAACAAUUUCGGCGUGUCCGAACGGGUGGCUUGAAAAUGGAAACUCUUGCUAUCUUUUCAGCAAUGACGAGGAGUACUGGACCGGCGCAUUUGAAAUGUGUAGGAUAGUUGGUGGGCAUUUAGUAGAGAUAAACGAUGACACUGAAAACAAAUUUAUCGCGGCUCAAGCAAGUUCGACUGGACGACAAUACUGGCUAAGUCUUACUGAUGUGGUAGAAGAAGGAAACUGGGUUUGGAUGACCAGUAAGAUGCCAAUGACUUACAGCAACUGGAAUAUGGGAGAACCAACGGCAAGUUUCCAUGGUGAUUUCGAAGAUUGUGUUGACAUGUAUACAAACGGCAAGUGGAAUGACGUCACUUGUACAACAAGGAAGUUUUAUGUUUGCGAGAAAGAAAAUGAGUCUAUAGAUAUUAUUGGAUAGCGAAGAAAAUGGAGUACCAGAUUUGUUUUUAAAGACAUUUCAGUGUUUAUAAAGUGUUGUUUGAUUCACCAAAUCCCUAACAAAUAUUGUGGAGCUUUAUCGUUUAGAUCCUGAUUAGAUAUGCAUCAUUCCAAAUGUCUCCAGGGUGGUAGUAGGUUCUUUAAAAUUUUGAAAUAUCUUCAGUAAUAUCAAUUCUAUUUAACAAAAAUGUAUUUUCCCUGUAUCGAAUUCUGACCCCAUGAAAACAUCUGAAUAUAGAUUUUUACCUAAAUUUAACCAUUUUCAUGUGGUCUCUUUGAAUUAAUAGAUCCAUAAAAAAUCAUUACUAUUCUUCAUUUAUGAAAUCGAAUUUUGCAAUGUUCUAUUAAAAAUAAAUAUAUGUGAUUUA